GUGCUUUCACCUCCAUGCUCUGCGGCUUCCUUGGCAUGAUGAUCGCCACCUUCUCGAAUGCCCGCACGACCAUGGCCUGCGCACACAAUGCAGGCUACACCCUGGGCUUCAACACUGCCUUCCGUGGUGGCAGCGUCAUGGGCUACGCGCUGUGCUCCCUGGGGGUGCUUGUCCUGUGGAUCCUUCUGACCUUCUACCGCACUGUUUACCCGGAGGCCGACGACUGGGAAGUCCUUUUCGACUGUGCGGCCGGCUAUGGCUUGGGCGGCAGCACCGUUGCCAUGUUCGGCCGUGUCGGCGGCGGCAUCUACACCAAGGCCGCAGAUGUCGGCGCCGACCUGGUGGGCAAGGUCGUGGCUGGCCUUGAUGAGGACGAUCCCAACAACCCCGCCACCAUCGCGGACAACGUCGGCGACAACGUGGGCGAUAUCGCCGGUAUGGGCGCGGACCUCUUCGGCUCCUUCGCCGAGAGCACCUGUGCUGCGCUGGUCAUCGCGGCCGCGGCCGUGGAGGGAUCCCACAACACGCUUUCCGAGGCUGGCUGGGAUGCCAUGCUCUUCCCCCUGGCCAUCUCCGCCGCGGGCAUCGUGAUCUGCAUCCUCUGCGGCUUUGUCGCCACGAACAUCUCGCCAGUCAAGGAGGAGAAGGACAUCGAGACCGUGCUGAAGGUGCAGAUGGUGCUCACCGCCGUUUUGAUGCUGCCGGUCAUCUAUUACCUGGCUGUCUUCUUGCUUCCCCACGAAUUUCGCCUGGAGGGUGUCCGCCUCACGGAGGACGGCCAUCCGGCCAAGAUCAGCGGUAGCCCAUACAAGUGCUUCAUCUGCGCCACUAUGGGCUGCGUCGGCGGUCUCAUCAUCGGCCUCGUCACAGAGUACUUCACUUCUCACAGCUACGUGCCCACGCGAGAGCUCGCAAGCGCAUGCAAGUUCGGCACUGCAGUGAACAUCAUCCAGGGCUUGGCGCUGGGCUACAAGAGCUGCAUCGUCCCAGUCUUUGUGCUCUCCUCGGCCAUCUACAUGUCCUUCCAGCUCUGUGACCUCUAUGGCAUUGCGCUGGCCGCCCUGGGCAUGCUUGCCACGUUGUCCUGCGGCCUGACCAUCGAUGGCUUUGGCCCCAUCUCGGACAACGCCGGAGGCAUUGCCGAGAUGGCCCUCUUCAAGCCGGAGGUGCGCCGAAAGACGGAUGCCCUGGACGCCGCGGGCAACACCACGGCUGCCAUCGGAAAGGGCUUCGCCAUUGGCUCUGCCGCUUUGGUGUCCCUGGCCCUCUACGGCGCCUUUGUGGUGCGCCUGCGUGUGAAGACGGGCGUCAACAUCUUCGAGCCAGUCACCUUCGCCUUCCUGAUCAUCGGCUGCAUGGUCCCCUACUGGUUUGCCGCCCUCACCAUGAAGUCUGUGGGCAAGGCCGCUGGUGAGAUGGUUGCCGAGGUGAAGAGGCAGUUCAGCGUGAAGGACUCCAAGGGAAAGACCCUCUUGGAGGGCAGCGACGAGCUCAAACCGGACUCCCUCACUUGCAUCCACAUUUCCACUGAGGCCUCUCUGUACGAGAUGGUGGCGCCUGCAUGCCUUGUGAUCCUAUCGCCGCUUCUAGCAGGGACCUUCUUCGGGGUGCAG